AUGGCAGAAACACACUCCAGAACUGUCUCGUGGCCAGACGUCGAUGAAGAUACGUUUGUCCGGUUCUGUGAAUUCUGCUACAAGGACAAUUACUCCAACCCUUCCUGGCAGGUAGACUCCAGCGUGACUCCUCUCGUGGAAGUACAGGAGAGUGUCGAGGUAGCAGAUCUGAUAACUAGGAUGGAGGAGGAUCUUUAUCGAGGCUGGGGACGCCGCGAGCCGUAUCAUCCAAAGCGGGCGGUUGGACGCAACGAUAUCAAGAACUUCUGGGGACCUUUCCCGACCUGCUCUACAUCCUCCAUCAGACACGCCGUCACCUCCAACACCUCAGCUGGACAAGACUUCACUCCUGUCUUCCUUGCCCAUGCCAAGUUGUAUGUUUUGGCAGAUAGAUACAGAGUCGACAACCUCAGACUCCUGGUUUUAGGGAAGCUCCACGGAACUCUGCAAGAGUUUCUUCCUUACAAAGAACGGAUCGGGGAUAUAGUCGAGCUGGUCAAGUUCGCGUACUCUGAUGAGAAUACUCUUGGGAAUGGCGCCGGCAACACUGACGACCUGAGAAAGCUCGUGGCUCGCUAUGUCGCAUUCCAGGUGGACAGUAUGCGUUCGAGUGAAGAGUUUAUGGAACUCCUGCAGAAGAAUUGCGAUCUCAUCCACGAUUUCCUGGCGGAGAUCGGAACACAAACGCUUGAGCUGGCCGAGAGGUCAGGGGUCAAGGCGACAACAAAGUACCGGUACCUCGUUGACCGGGAUAUGGUCAACUUCUCCUCCUCCGACCUCAGCUUCAACUUCCACCGUCUUCCCUGUCCGACUCGCUCGUCCUCCAGCCCUCGACAUCAGGACAUCCAGACAGACAUCCAGACACCCAGCUGCUCAACGGUGCCGGCUGUCAGCUCGCUUGCUCCCCUUGCGCGCCAGCGACCUCCUUUAAACCGCCCCGUCCGCGUCCGCUUGAUACUUAUCACAUCUACUCUAUCACGCUGCACACGGGCGAUGUGGAGGAAAUCCAACACCACCACCACGACCACCACCGCAACCACGACGGCGACGGCGACCACCAUCACGAUGCCGUGGAAUCUUCGGAGCUCGUCCAAGGACUCUGCAAGGAAGCACAUCUCCCCCGCGCACUCGGAGGUGGAGUUGCCGCCUCGCCGGAGCGAGCACUCGAUUCGAUCGCGCCCUCGCUCCCCGCUGCCCCGGCUAUCAGAGACCCAGGGAGUGGCUGGGGACCGCUCCUCGUUCGCGCACGAUGUCAAUGGCAGCAGGCUCGAUGUUGUCCGGGAGAACGACGCCAGGGAUCCGGCCGUGACUCGUUUGGCGACCAAGAGGAACCGGUUCAGUCUGAUGAAAUUCCGCCAUGCCUCCGAUCCGCAAUUGUCGUCGAGCUACCAGAACUCGGAACCCCCGCCGGUGCCCAAGCUGCUUCCUCCUCCUACAAUCAUCACCACUUCGCCAACGAACAACAAUCUGGACCUGCCGGGAAAGGGUCAGGGUCAGAGUCAGGACCACGGCCACGGCCAGGACCAAUCACGGUUUUCUCAAUCGUCGCAUAACUUGGUCUCCGAAGGGGACGUGGUAUCUCGCAGCUCGAGUCCGGGGCUUACGGGCAGGCCCAGGAAGGAUAGGAGUACAAAUCCGACGCCACCAGCUACAUCGAAUGCAAAAUCUUCCCAUAUCUGCUUCGAAGAGACCGGAAGACUCUCAACCACUUCUCUCCGCAGCGGACAUCGGAACCACGCACACGCGGACUCGCAGUCGGCUCUAUCUAAUGCUCGGCUAUCUGAAUCUUCUCGCUCUGACGCCAGUUCCGGUGAUCGGUCGGUGUAUCAGUCCCAGUCCUCGAAGAAGGAAUCUACUUCUGCUGCCUCCUCGAUAUUCCGGUUCCCUCGUCUGAAAAAGAGCCGAGCGUCCCUCUUCCCGGUGCCUGUUAAAAUACCGCCUCCAGAUGGUCAGUCCUUCCACCGCCAGACUCAAUCGAGCAAAUCUGCAGACCUACAUAGCGACUCUACUCCUCUCCCGUCACCUUCCCAGUCGUCGUCCGGUCGCCCUCCGUCAACUGCUGGCUCCCCUAGACCUCCGCUUUUCCGCAAAGACUCAGGGACAUCAGGACGCUCCAAGACAUCCAUCUCUCCGGCCGCCACAGACCGUGCAAAACGCCGUGCUAGGUCGUCAACCCUGGGCUCAUUGCAUAACAUCCAUGAUGAUACAGAUACCUGUCUAACCCCCGACAUCACGCCGCCAGCAGUCAAUGCUCCUAGGAAAUCCUUUAGCGACCUCUUCAGCAUCCACACCCGUCUAAAACAGAAUCUGAACGACCUGCCUACCACUCCUCCGUCAGGAACCCCGACUACCACUCCAGGGACCGGCACAGGACACAUGACGCCUACAACUUCCAAAUCCAACUCCUUCUCCCUCGCCCGCGAACUCUCGUCCUACCCAGCACGCUCUUCCACUGAUACCUCUGCAACCUACCUCUCUCGCCUCGAAUCCAGUGUCCACCGUGGCGCAAUUGCAACCAUUCUCUCCCAAUCUAGCGAGGAAUUCUACUCUGUUGCUCUGCGCAAAUACAUGCGGGGGUUCUCCUUCUUUGGGGACCCAUUGGACAUGGCUAUCCGCAAACUGCUCAUGGAAGCUGAAUUGCCCCGAGAGACUCAACAGAUAGAUCGCAUGAUCCAAUCGUUCGCCAAUCGUUACCACGAAUGUAAUCCAGGAAUCUUCGCAUCUACCGAGCAAGCAUAUUUCAUUUCCUUCUCGCUACUGAUCCUGCACACGGACGUGUUCAACAAGAACAAUAAACGCAAGAUGCAGCGUGCAGACUAUGUGAAGAAUACUCGCGGUGAAGGCGUAGCGGAUGAGAUCCUCGAAUGCUUCUACGAUAACAUCUGCUACACCCCCUUUAUCCACGUCGAGGACGAACUCAAUCUCAACUCACGCCUCAGCUCCCCCAAGGCACGAAGCAACCUCAUGACAAAGAUGGCUAGCACCGACCACCUGAUGAAAUCAUCCAAGGACCCAAUAGAUCCGUAUGCACUCAUCCUCGAGGGGAAAGUCGCUUCCCUCCGACCAAAUCUCAAGAAUGUCAUGGAACUAGAAGACGUCUACUCCUCCACCCCGACAACAAUCACCCAUCUACCGGCUUGUCCUUCCAUAGCACAGCUGAACCACACCUUCGACAACCCAUGCAUACUACAGAUUGUCUCUGCCCGUUCCCGCCCAGAUGCAUUUAUGACUGAAUCGUCAAUCGCUAACCCAGCAGAAUCCCAACCCGGUCUAGUCGAUAUCCGUGUCGUCAAGGUUGGUCUCCUCUGGCGCAAAGAUGCGAAAAAGAAAAAGGCGCUAUCUCCCUGGCAGGAAUGGGGUGCUGUCCUUACUGGUUCCCAGCUGUACCUGUUCCGUGACGUGCAAUGGGUUAAAUCCCUUAUUGCACAGUAUGACGCAAAACACAAAAAAGACAGCCAUCCUCCAGCGGUGACAUUCACCCCUCCAAUUGCGGACUUCAAGCCAGACACAAUCAUGUCUACUGCAGACGCCGUGGCGCUGCUCGACUCAAACUACAAGAAACACAAACAUGCCUUCUUGCUCGUACGUCAUGGUGGAUUUGAAGAGGUGUUCCUCGCAAAUUCCGAUGCUGAGAUGGCUGACUGGAUGAACCUGGUAAAUCAUGCGGCUACAUACCGUACCAGCGGCAUUCGGAUGAGAGGCUCGGAGAAAGAAAAACUUGUCAAAGCAGACCCGCAGCAUACACAUGAAGCGCAUGCCGCGCGCCGCACGCAGGUGGCAGCACGCAUCAAAGAGGCGAAUGAGAAAUUAUUCGUUUCACAGCGUCAGGUCGAUAUGCUGCUCCGUAAUGCGAGACACCUUCAACAUCUUACACCCAUUCAUCCACGCACUAGGGGGCAGGUUAUUCUUUCAGCAGGCCGCAUGGCUGCCAAAAUUAAAUGGGCUCGACUUGAGCUAGAACGAUUAAAGUGUCAUCGUGGAAUAUUGGCUAGGGAUCUAGCGGAGGAAGAGGGACGGGUUGGCAGUAGCGGUUGGAAGAAAGAGGUUGGACUUGCCCUUGGGCAAAUGAUGGAUGGUGCGAGCGAUAUUGGAGAUGUCACCACGCUUUUGGGCGAGAAAGAGGCCGAGAAGGCAUCAAUAUCAACUUCUCAACCAUCGAAUUGGAACGGCAUCGUCGCGUCGGACGCUAUGUCUAUCGCCAAAGAAAGUAAUCGCCAAUCAAUCUCUUCGACAAUUGCGUCGAAACAGACCAACCUUUCUACUCCCAAUCCCAACCCCGCAACAACACCCAUCACGGACACAGAUAGCACAUCGAACGCCGCCACUCCAACUCCCAGCAUCACAGACGAUGAUGAAGAACAGCGAUUCCUUCGUGAAACAGGUAUUCUCGGUCUUGAUACCGCCUCCCUCUCAAGCCCGCCCAACUCUCCAGGCAAGAAAGAACCCAUCACACCCAUCUCAACCAACGCCCCUGCAAAUCCAAGUGGUACACAUCCUUCUUCCCCACCGUCCUCAGAACGUUCAAAGGUCCGCCGUAGUUUCCAACGCACCCUUCGUGAAGCUCAUCAUAACGUCCCCCUCCACCGCACAAGCCGCAAGGGCCGUGAUCGCGAUUCCUCGACCCAUUCCUCCAUCCACUCCACAGCUACCGGUGGUAGCGGCGGCAAUAAUAAUAACAACCCUUGCGCCCCGUCUACUCCCACGGCGACAUCGGAUGAACCGGGGACUCUCGCGCGCAAAUCUCCAAGCUUCACGGUCCACGGCAAGAAGGCAUCAGUCAUCACCUUCGGUUCCGAAUGGCAGAGCCUUUCACCAGAGCAGAGACUAAAGCAGCGUAAGCCGCAAUCUCAUCAGCAGUUACAGCCCUCUCAAUCGCAGUCUCAGGGACAAGGACAAUCCGAUUCCAUCUCGAUUUCUGGCGUGGAUGACGGAACGGACUCGGUUUUUUCGGCUUCUAUCGUUUCGACUCUGGGAGGUGAUAGCCCGGACCAAGUGGGCGCGCAACCUGCAAGGUCAGGUAGUGUUGCGGCUAGAAAUGAGGCUCCAGACGCGGCGAACUUGGCUUCUAACGCCGCAAAUGCCGCUCAGACUACAGACUUAGCGGUCACAUCUCGCUGUUCGCCUACCAUAGGUGACAUUGGAAAUUCUCCUGUCCCUGGUUCCGGUAAUAACACUGAACAUCAGGUUUCUCACGAUGAUGCAAAACUUGUGGUUGCAUGA